AUCAAGCACCUAGGCAUGCAGACUGCUUCUACAAAUAUUUGUAAAAGAAUGGACUGCUCUCAGGAGCUCAGUGAAUUCAAGCGUGGUACCAUGAUAGGUUGCCACCUGUGCAGUAAGUCCAUCCUUGAAAUUUACUUGCUACCAAAUAUUCCACGGUCGACUGUUAGUGGUAUUAUAACAAAGUGGAAGCAACUGGGAGCAAUAGUAACUCAGCCACGAAGUGAUAGGCCACAUAAAUUACAGAGCAGGGUCAGCCCCUGCUGAAGCGCACAGUGUGCAGAAGUUGCCAACUGUCUGAAGUUUCAAUAGCUAAAGACCUCCAAACUUCGUGCGACCUUCAGAUUAGCACACAACAGUGCAUGGGUUUCCAUGGCGAGCAGCUGCAUUCAAGCCUUAGAUCAAUGCAAUACAAAGCAUCAAAUGCACUGGUGUAAAGCAUGCUGCCAUUGGACUCUAGAGCAGUGGAGACAUGUUCUAUGGAGAGAACAGUACCCGACUGCAUUGUGCCAAGUGUAAAGUUU